UCAAAUGUCAAUGUGAGACUGUUUAUCUGUGGAGUGACAUUUUUCUAACCUCAAAAUUAUUCUUAAAUCGAUGUUAGCUUUUAAUCUGUGAUAUAAUUUUAAUUUUAAUAGUUACCAUAAUGACCAUAUUUAAUUUGUUGCGAUUGACAAAUAUUGUUAAAAAUUCAACCAAAUUAAAUUUACAAUUGGAAACGUAUUCUUCAUACGUGAAAUAUGCAGAACACAAAGCUUUGGAUAAAAUCAGGAACAUUGGUAUAUCAGCCCACAUUGACUCUGGUAAAACCACUUUGACAGAACGAAUAUUAUUUUACACAGGGAGAAUCAAUCAAAUGCAUGAGGUUAAAGGUAAAGACAAUGUUGGUGCGGUCAUGGACUCAAUGGAGUUAGAAAGACAAAGGGGUAUCACUAUCCAGUCUGCUGCAACAUAUACCUUGUGGAAAGAUCACAAUAUUAACAUAAUAGACACUCCAGGACAUGUGGACUUCACAGUGGAAGUGGAGAGAGCAUUGAGGGUGUUAGAUGGCGCUGUGCUGGUCCUUUGUGCUGUCGGUGGUGUCCAAAGUCAGACAUUAACUGUUAACCGACAGAUGAAACGGUAUAAUGUACCUUGUCUUGCAUUUAUAAAUAAACUUGAUAGAUUAGGAGCCAAUCCUGAGAGGGUAUUGAAACAAAUGCGAUCAAAGAUGAACCAUAAUGCUGCAUUUAUUCACUUACCUAUAGGCCUAGAAAAAGAAUGUCAAGGGAUUGUAGACCUUAUUGAAGAGAAAGCAGUAUACUUUGAUGGUGACUAUGGUGAAAAGGUCCGUUUGGAUGAGAUACCACAGGACAAAAGAACUGAAGCAAAGGAACGGAGACAUGAACUAAUCGAGCAUCUUUCUAAUGUAGAUGAGACCUUAGGAGAAUUAUUUUUGGAAGAAAAAACACCAUCGAUUACUGAUAUAAAGCAGGCUAUUCGUCGUACGGCACUCAAUCGUUCGUUUACGCCUGUUCUUUUGGGUACAGCCCUAAAAAACAAAGGUGUCCAACCUUUACUGGAUGCAGUGUUAGAUUACCUCCCACACCCUGGCGAGGUGGAAAAUACAGCCAUAUUGAACGAAGACAAAGAUGGGGACGGCCAGAAUAUAAUAUUGGAUCCUGCAAGAGAUGGUAAAAAGCCAUUUGUCGGUUUAGCAUUCAAGUUAGAAAUGAGCAAAUUUGGUCAGCUAACUUAUCUCAGAUGUUAUCAGGGUGUUUUGAAGCGUGGUGAUAAUAUUUUUAAUGCUAGAACAUUUAAAAAGGUAAAAAUUUCGCGUCUUGUCAGAAUGCACUCAAACAACAUGGAAGAAGUGAAUGAGGUACUCGCCGGCGAUAUAUUCGCAUUGUUCGGUGUCGACUGCGCCUCUGGUGAUACAUUUGUCAAUGAUAACAAACUGAAUCUCUCGAUGGAAUCAAUUCAUGUACCGGAUCCCGUUGUCUCUAUGGCGAUCAAACCCAAGAACAACAAGGACAGAGAUAAUUUCUCUAAAGCUGUUGCUAGGUUUACAAAAGAGGAUCCCACAUUCCAGUUUCGAUACGACUCGGAUAACAAGGAGACUAUUGUAUCUGGUAUGGGAGAGUUGCAUCUAGAGAUAUAUGCACAGAGGAUGGAGCGGGAGUAUAACUGUCCGGUGGAACUCGGAAAGCCUAAAGUGGCGUUUAGGGAGACAUUAAUGUCGCCGUGUACCUUCGAUUACCUGCAUAAGAAACAGUCUGGUGGUGCUGGUCAGUUCGCCAGGGUAUCAGGCAUCUUGGAGCCCUUGCCACCACAUCAGAAUACCAUGCUAGAGUUCGUCGAUGAAACAGUAGGAACGAAUGUCCCGAAGCAGUUCGUGCCUGGUGUGGAGAAAGGUUUCCUUGACACAUGCCAAAAGGGUUAUUUGUCUGGACACAAGAUUUCCGGUGUAAAGUUCCGGCUGCAGGACGGCGCGCAUCACAUCGUGGACUCCAGCGAGCUUGCUUUCUUCCUGGCUGCUAAAGGAGCUGUUAAAGAUGUAUUCGAAGAUGGCGCUUGGCAAAUCCUCGAGCCCAUCAUGUUCGUAGAAGUGGUACUGCCUGAUGAGUUCCACGGCGCUGUACUAGGGCAGCUGAAUAAGCGGGGAGGUAUCAUAACUGGCACAGAAGGGGCUGAGGGCUGGACAACUUUAUAUGCUGAGGUGCCGUUGAACAAUAUGUUCGGAUACGCGGGAGAGCUUAGGUCUCAAACCCAGGGUAAGGGCGAAUUCAGCAUGGAGUACAGUCGUUACUCACCAUGCUUGCCAGAAGUACAGGAACAACUGAUCAGGAAAUAUCAGGAAGAAAUGGGUUUAUUACCCGAUCAAAAGAAAAAGAAGAAUUGACCGCCUUUAGCUAUUUGAAUAGAAUAAUUUUAUUUAUUUAAGUGUAAUAUAAUGUAUUCAUUAAAUUAAACAAGUAUAAAAUACA